UUCAUUUCUCUCAAAUUGCUUUCUGCUUACUAACUCUCUCACUCUGCUUAAGCAAGAUGGCUGAAACUUUUCUUGUUCCUGUCAUACAAGAGGCACUUUUCAAAUUGGCACCGUUUAUUGCUAGAGAGAUUCGCUUUGCAUGGGGGUUGGAGAAGGAGUGGAGAAGCUUAGCAAGUUGCUCAACCAGAUUCAACAUGUGCUCCAAGAUGCAGAGGAACGACAAAGUGAGGUGGCAAUACGGGAUUGGCUACAGGAGCUCAAAGACGUUGCUUAUGAUAUGGUGAAUGUAUUGGAUGAGGUUGCAUAUGAGGUGCUCCGACAUCGAGUACAGACUCAAAGCCAAGUGAAACGGGUGCGCAACUUUUUCUCUCCCUCAAAUCCCAUUGCAUUUCGUUUCAACAUGGCUAAUAAAAUUAAGAAGAUUAAUGAGUCUCUUGUUAAAGUAAAAGGAGAUGCAGUUUUUAAUACUCUUCUUGCUAGAAACGAAAGGCCCCGGGUUGGCAAAUCCCAGCCUGAUACUCACUCCUUUCUAGAUUCAAAAUUUGAAUCAAGAAGGGAUGAGGAUGUCGCAGAAAUUGUUAACUUGUUGACUGAACAAAGGGGUCAUCAGCAUCCCAUCUCUGUCAUUUCUUUGAUUGGCAUGGCAGGAGUUGGAAAGACAACUUUAGCAAAAUUGCUAUACAAAGAAAUAGAAAAGAGAAACAUGUUUGAUGCAGUAGCAUGGGUGUGUGUUUCUGAUGAUUUUGAUGAACAAAAAAUUUUGAAAGGGAUGUUGGAACAUCUUGAUAAGAAUGCUGGUGGAAUAAAUAACAUAAAUGUUUUGCUCAAAGAACUAGAAGAAAAAAUAGAAAAGAAAAAUUUUCUCCUUGUUCUUGAUGAUGUGUGGGAGGAUAAUUCCAAUACUUGGGCUACUUUUAGUGGUCUUUUGUCAAAAUUUGUGAAAACUAGUGGGAACUCCAUUGUUGUAACCACUCGUAAAGAAGGGGUGGCAUCAUCCAUAGACAAGUGUCUUCCUUUGUGUAGGCAUCAUUUAAAAAAGCUAUCAGAUGAUGAUUGUUGGUUGAUAAUAAAAGGGAAGGUUUUUGAAUCUACAGAGGCAUCCAUACCUGAUCAGCAGUUAGAGGCUAUUGGUAGGGAAAUUGCAAAAAAAUGUGGAGGCCUGCCAUUAAUUGCAAAUGUUUUGGGAGGAACAAUGUGUAAUGUAAAGGGAGUAGAUGGGUGGUUGUCUAUUAAAGAUAAAAUUGUUUGGAAUUUAGAAGAUUCUGAUCAGAUAAAAUUUGUACUUAAACUAAGUUUUGAUCAUUUGCCUUCACCUUUGAAGAAAUGCUUCUCUUUUUGUUCAAUUUUCCCAAAAGAUUUUAAUUUCAAAAAAGAUGAUUUAGUGCAGCAUUGGAUGGCCCAAGGAUAUCUUCAUUCAUCUAGUCAGGAAAUGAUGGAAGAUAUUGGGAACAAGUAUGUUAGUGAUCUAAUAUCUAACUGCUUGUUCCAAGAUGUAAAGAGGGAUAAAUAUGGGAACAUCAUAUCCUUCAAGAUGCACGAUGUGGUGCAUGAUCUUGCCCUGUUAGUUUCAGAAGGUGAAACAUUGAUUUGGAAGAAUGAUUCCAUCCAUGAAAAUUCUUGCAUUCGGCAUCUGAAGGUUCCAUCUAGUGCAGUAGUGGAUACAACUAUUUUGAGAGGUGUAGCUCCAAAGUUGCAUUCAUUGUUCUCAGAGGUUGAUUUCUGCAGCAUGUCAAAGAUGGAUCUUAAAAGCAUACGGUCUUUAAGUUUAAAGAAAGCAGAUGGUGAUAAACUACCAGUUUCUCCAAGAAAAUUGAAGCAUUUGAGAUACCUUGAGAUCUCAAAAGCUAAAAUCAGGGUACUGCCAAAAUCCUUCUCCAAGCUUUAUAAUUUGCAGACCUUAAAAUUGAUGGCCUGCUAUCAUCUUCAAAAGCUUCCUAAUGGAAUGGAAAAUCUGAUCAGUUUGAAGCAUUUUUAUUUUGACCAAAAGAAGCUCAUGCCAAGAAAUAUUGGGCGUUUGACUUCCUUGCAAACCUUAUCAUUAUUUGCUGUGGGCAAAGAAAAGGGAUAUCAUAUUGAAGAACUUGGACGCUUGAGUCAACUUGGAGGAGCAUUGAGAAUAUGCAACCUUGAAUUUGUCAAAUCUAAAUCAGAAGCCACCAAAGCAAACAUGGAGCAAAAGACAAGAUUGUAUGAGUUGCAAUUGGACUGGGGAGGAAACAAAGAAGAGGGCUACAACAAUCAUGAGGAGGUUCUAGAAGGCCUUCAGCCUCCCUCAAAUUUGAAAAAAUUAAGUAUUAGUGAUUAUAUGGGAGAGCAGUUUCCAUCAUGGAUGGAGAAGGGUGUCAAUUUAUCUGGUGAUUCAUUUGUACUCAAUAGUCUACUGGAAUUGAAAUUAUAUGAUUGUGGUGAAUGUAUGGAUGUUCCUAGUUUGGGAUUUUUACCUAAUCUCCAAGUUCUUGAUAUAUGGAGUAUGGAAAAGGUGAAACGUAUGGGCAGCAAGUUUAAUCUUAACAGAAGCAACAUUGCAAGUAGUAGCCAUGGUGGAGGUGACAAAAUCACACUGUUCCCGGCUUUGAAAAAUCUCACAUUAUAUGGCAUGGGAAGCCUAGAGGAAUGGGCAGAAAUAGAAGGAGUAAUUGUGUUUCCUUGCCUUGAGCGGUUGUCAAUUCAGAGUUGUCCUAAGUUGACAACUUGGUCGAUGGGUGGAUUCGCAUCUCACCACAAGCUCUCUGAGUUGGCGAUAUAUAAUUGUUCAAGUCUUGUGGCUAUCCCAAGCAUAGAUGGGCAGCUCUCUCUUAAAACAUUAUCAAUUAGAAAUAUGGGAAGAUUUCAUUUGCUUACUUCUUUGACCAUUCGUCAUUGCGAAAAAGUAAGGAGCAUAUCAGAAGAGUACCUGAGUGGCCUUAAUAGUUUGAAGAAUGUAGAGAUGGGUCCUUUUUGGUCAGAGCUAGAGGAAUUCCCUGGAUUUGGACUGACUUUCAUCCCUCACCGAAACAUCUCUAUUGAAACUUUGUUUUUGAAAGGAUGGGACAAAAUAAAGUCUUUGCCACAUCAGCUUCAACAUUUUACUACCCUCAGAGAAUUACAGAUACGCAAUUUCAACGGAGUGGAAGCUUUUCCAGAGUGGGUGGGGGACCUUUCUUCUCUUGUUUCUUUAUCGAUUUGUUCAUGUAACAAAUUGAAUAGAAUUCCAGAGGAGUGCCUGGGUAGGCUCACUCGCUUGAAGCAAUUAAGGAUGGGUCCUUUCUACUCAGAGUUGGAGGAAUUCCCUGGACUCACUUCAAUCCAUCACCUCCACGCCUCCCUUGAAAAUUUGAAAUUGGUUCGAUGGGAUAAACUAAAGUCUCUGCCAGAUCAGCUUCAACAUCUCACUGCUCUUAAGGAAUUGAAGAUAUAUUCAUUCACCAGAGUGGAAGCUUUACCAGAGUGGUUGGGAAACCUCUCUUCUCUUACUUCUUUAAGCAUUCGUUCGUGGAACAAAUUGAAGAGCAUUCCAGAGGAGUGCCUAAGUAGUCUCACGUGCUUGGAGAGCUUAUGGAUGGGUCCUUUCUGGUCUGAGUUGGAAGAAUACCCAGGGCUCUCUUCCAUCCAUCACCUCCACGCCUCCCUCAAAGAUUUGACUUUGGAAGGAUGGGAUAAACUAAAGUCACUGCCACAUCAGCUUCGACAUCUCACUGGCCUCCAACAAUUGACUAUAAGUCGAUUCAAUGGAGUGUAAGCUUUACCAGAGUGGUUGGGAGACCUCUCUUCUCUUCAGUGGCUUGAGAUUAUUGAUUGUGAUAAUUUGACGCAUCUGCCUUCUGCUAAAGCCAUGCAUCGUCUCUCCAACUUAGAUGAUCUUGAGAUUAGAAAUUGUUCCAAAUUGAAGGAAAGAUGCGCUGAAAAGAGGGGCCCUGAAUGGCCCAAGAUUUCCCACAUUCCGCGUGCCUUCAUCUCGUAGAUGACCCUGCAAUCCCUAAAGGAUCUAGGUUUUGAAAAGAAGAGGGCUCAAAUAAUUAUCAAAUGAUGCCAUGGAGAGAAAACAGAGGAGGUGCAUGGCCACACUGUGGAAUCCUAUUAAAGGUCUGUUUUUAUU